UGUACAUUCCGAUCCCCACGCCACAGGGUGGUAGCAUGUGAACAAGUGACGCAGGCAUACCGGGUAGACUUUAUUUUUUACAACUUUGUCUUUGGAAAUCCGACAUGGCCGUCUCUAUUUUUAAAGGACUUUGCAAGGUGGCAAUAGGAGGAGGAGCACUUUAUAUAUCGGUAGAACAAGGCAUCUGGGGAUCUUCAUUUGACGGUUCAAAAACAAUGAAUAAGUUGACAGGCACACUGCAGAGACAGGAUGAAUAUCUUAGACAGAUACCAUCUACCGAGCAAGUAGCAAGUAGUACAAGGCAAAGCUGGAAUUCAGGUGUAAAAUGGACCUUUUCAUCAUUAGCAAGAGGACCAGAGAAAGUUAAAGAACUUGGCAGUCAAGCAACAAAUUACAUCAGCAGAUCUACAAAGUGAAAUGUGAAUGUAUUUCUUACAAACACUGUCCUGGUAUUGCCUGAACUGGAAAUGUUGUUGUAUCAGCCUAAUUUUGUUGCCAUUAAGCAGGUUAUAUUGCACAUCAAAUGUAUGGAUUAUGGACUGUAUAAAGAACAUCAGUUUGCAGCAAUUUUUCUCACUUUAUUGAAAAGCGUAUUUAUUCGUUUUUUAUUUCUUGUGUAUAGUCUAUAUAUUCAAAUUACUAAGCGUUUCUUCCAUAUCAGUUUUGCAUAAAUGCCUUGGUUGCCAAGAAGUCUUGUUGAAAGCAGAACUGCCUGAAUUUGAACAUGGGAACCAUAUUCAACCUGUUAUGGUUUUGAGAGACAUACAUGUAUAACUAACUCAAUAUACCAAAUUUGUACACUUCUCUAUUGAGACUGCAUUAUCUUAACAAGAGGAUAAUGUUUUAUCGGUCCCAUAUUUCCUUUUUUGGGGGGGGGUAUUCAAUUAACCACAAGAUCAUUUCCUCCAUUUUACCCAUAAAUUUUUCAAAUUAUUAUGGGUGGGGUAAUUUUUUUUUUUUUUGGGGGGGAUGCAAUCAUUAUGUAAAUAAAAAUGAUCAUAUUUUGUUGUAAAAUCCUACAUGUAAGUUAUAAAAGAUUGGUAGCAGUACCUGACAGAACAAGUUACAAGAGCUAUGCAUUUCAUUUGAUUAAAAUUACCUAAUUCUCACAAAAUAAUUGGAGUUGCAAAAUGUGAAAUUGAAUUCAUGUAAUUAUAUGUUGUCAUGGUAUGAAUAAAUAAACAAAAUAUAUUGAUACGGAAAUGAUGAACUGGGAAGAAAUCUCAUUGAAAUAUGAUUGACCAUUAUACAAAUGAUCACAACAGUCGUAUGGCUUCUCUUGAGAUUGUUUGCACGAAAAUUGGCAUGCAUAUUUUUUCUUUGAAAGUUGCUAUUUAAUGAAUUCCUUUUAUUUGAUAACAAUACAUUACAUUUGAAUUGAAGAUCAUGUGUCAGAUGUUUUAUGCAUAGUUAGUUGGCAAAAUUAUACUUUUGCUUCAACUCACAAAAUAUAGCUCCUAAAUGUUGUUUUCAACAAAUGCUUGUGAAGAAAAUUGUAAUAUCAGGGGAGCGUUUCAUGAAAGUUGUCAGCACUGACAAGUUGGCUUUCUCCGACAGUUACCAUAGAAACAGAGGCAAGUGCCUCACAGCCAAUCAAAACCAAGGAUAUCACUGAAAUUGUCAGCACCGACAAUUUAGUCAGUGCUGACAACUUUCAUUAAACACCCUCAGAUUGUUAUAUGUUUGUUUUUAACUCACCUGCAUAGGCUUAGCAGAGUGAGACUAUAGUAUAUGGGCCAAGAUUAGCAUUAGGUUUAAAAUGGAAAUUUCUGGUACAAGCUGAUUUUUUUUCAGGACAGGUCCAGGAAUAUUUCUACAAUAACAUACAAAAGUCCUCAUAAAUCCUACUUGAGGGUUUUCCGUAAUUCAUGAUGGCACCAAAAAUAGCCGCCAUUUACAGAAAAUGGACAUACCUCAUUCAUCUACCCUCGACAUCCAGUUUUGAUGCAUGUUUCAUAGUUUAAAGGGAUUUAAAAAAGCUAUUGAUACAGGUUAGAGUGAGUAUAAGCAGACAAGUGUACCUAAAAAUCCAAGAUGGCGGCUAAAAUGGCUGCCAAAUAAAGCCUAAAAA